AUGCUCUGUUGUGGUGGCAUGGAAAACAAGUAUAUUAAAGAUAAUGCUUUUACAUCUCCAGAAUUAAAUAAUCUUUGCCAUCACCAGAAUUCUGAUAACAAACUAAAGUAUAUGGAAAAUAAGUAUGGAAAAAUUUUAGGUGACAUUACUAAUGUUAUUCAUAAAGGUUAUAAUAAUACUAAUAAGAAAUCUCAAAUAGAAUAUAAUCAAGAUCCUACUGAAUUAGAUUUAAAUUUAUCCUCAUUUAAUUCAAAUUGCUAUGAAGAAGAAAAUUUUAAAGAACUUAUUCAAGGAUACCUUCCUCACCAUCAUUUGGGAGAAAUUAUUGGUCAAGGUGGUUUUGGAAAAGUUUACCACGUUUCUUCUUAUAAAUCAAACAGAAAGUAUGCUGUUAAAUUUUUAAAAAAUAAAGAAUCUUUUGAACAAGAGUAUCAAAUUUUGAGUGUUGUUACAAAAUUACAAAAUGAAUAUUUUUGUAAAAUUUAUCGUGCACAUUGUAGUAGUGAUGGAGCUUUCUUUGUUCUAUCACUUCAAGGAAAAAAUUUAAAAUGUAUUAUGAAUGGAUUAGCAAAAAAAAGAUUUAGUGGUAGUUCUGGAUUAAGAAUAGGAUAUCAAAUGCUUGAAGCUAUAAAAUAUUUUCACUCAACAGGAUACAUCCAUCGUGAUAUAAAGUUAAGUAACUUUGUUUUAUCAAGUGAAAAUGAUACAAAAAUUAAAUUAAUUGAUUUUGGUAUUUGUCGUGCAUAUAAACGUCGUGGAAAAAUAAUAGAAUUAGGAACUUCACGAAAACCAAAAAGGUAUAUUGGAACACUUCAUUAUUGUUCAUUACCAAUUCAUAAUUUAACACCAGCUUCUCCAAGAGAUGAUAUUGAAUCAUGGUUUUAUAGUUGUAUGCAAGCUUUACAAGGAAAAGUUCCAUGGUAUAAAUGUAGAAAGGAAGAUUAUGAAAUAGUAAAAUAUAUGAAGGAAGAAUUAAGAACAUGGGAAUGUGAACAAAUUGAUGCCAGCAAAUAUAGAACAAUUUUUCCACUACUUCAAAAAAUUGAUAAACUUGGGUAUUAUGAUGAAAUUAAUUAUCAACAAUAUCAAAAUCAUUUAGAAAAAAUAAUGUCAGCUAACGAUAUUAAAAUGGAUGAUUCAUAUGAUUGGCAAAACUAG